AGUGACGUGCGUGGCCCGGGAGCUGCGGACGCGGAGGCCGACGGAGCCGGAGUCGCGGACGCCGCGGGGUCUCCGGGACAGGAGCUCCCAGUGCUGAUCCAGAUUCUGAGAGGGAAGUGGUGGGACCGUGGUCCAGCCAGUGAAAUGGCAGCCACACUGGAUUUGAAGUCAAAGGAGGAGAAGGAUGCUGAGUUGGACAAGAGGAUCGAAGCUCUUCGUAGGAAGAAUGAGGCUCUCAUCCGGCGCUACCAGGAGAUUGAGGAAGACCGGAAAAAAGCUGAACUUGAGGGAGUAGCAGUGACAGCACCCCGGAAGAGUCGCUCGGUGGAGAAGGAGAAUGUGGCAGUGGAGGAGAAGAACCUGGGUCCCCUUCGGAGGUCUCCUGGGACUCCUCGGACCCCAGGAGCCAACAGGGGGGGCCGGCCCACCCCACAGCAGGGAGGCCGGGCAGGCAUGGGCCGGGCACCCCGGAGCUGGGAGGACAGUCCUGGGGAGCAGCCGCGAGGAGCUGGGGGCCGGGGCCGGAGGGGCCGGGGCCGGGGCUCCCCUCAUCUCUUAGGUGCUGGAGAUGCCUCAACCUCCGACCGCAAAUCCAAGGAGUGGGAGGAACGGCGCAGACAGAACAUUGAGAAGAUGAAUGAGGAAAUGGAAAAGAUUGCCGAGUAUGAGCGGAACCAGCGGGAAGGAGUGCUGGAGCCUAACCCAGUGCGGAACUUUCUGGAUGACCCCCGGCGCCGCAGUGGACCCCUGGAGGAGCCAGAGCGGGACCGCCGGGAGGGCAGCCGCCGGCAUGGGCGCAACUGGGGGGGCCCUGACUUUGAGCGUGUGCGCUGUGGCCUGGAGCAGGAGCGGCAGGGCCGCCGGGCUGGCCUGGGCGGUGCUGGUGACAUGACACUGUCCAUGACGGGCCGCGAGCGGUCGGAGUACCUGCGCUGGAAGCAGGAGAGGGAGAAGAUUGACCAGGAGCGCCUGCAGCGACACCGCAAACCCACUGGCCAGUGGCGGCGGGAGUGGGACGCCGAGAAGACUGAUGGCAUGUUCAAGGAUGGCCCAACCCCUGCCCGUGAACCAUCCCACCGCUAUGAUGACCAGGCCUGGGCCCGGCCCCCUAAGCCCCCCACUUUUGGGGAGUUCCUUUCUCAGCACAAAGCUGAGGUCAGCAGCCGCAGAAGGAGAAAGAGCAGCCGCCCCCAGGCUAAGGCAGCUCCCCGCUCCUACAGUGACCAUGAUGACCGCUGGGAGACGAAAGAGGAGGCAGUGUCAGUGUCCCCCACCCCAGAGGCCCCAGGAACUAUGACCCGGGAGGAAAUGCCCACAAAGCCUCCCGAGAUCCCAGCCCCUGCCCACCGGCCUCCUGAGGACGAGGGGGAGGAGGAUGAGGGUGAAGUGGACGAGGGUGAGGAGGAUGAAGAAUGGGAGGACAUGAGUGAGGAUGUGACUGAGGACGAAGAGGAGGAGGAGGAAAUCGAGGAAGAAGAGGGUGCUGAGGCACAAGAGGAAGAACAAGACCAGGAUCACCAGCACCCACAAGCUGAGCCCACUGGGGACCCUACCCAGGAGCAAGCUGACCUGGAGCUUCCCACACCCCAGGAGCCACUCUCUCCAGCUCCUGCUGCGCCUUCCAGCCCCUUCUCACCACCUGGAGGCCACCAGCCUGUGCCUGACUGGGGAGGUGACCAGCCAGCCUGCUCCCUGGAGAGUGGGCCCAGCUUCCCAGGAACCCAGAAAGCUGAAGAGGAGGGGUCUGAGGCGACUCCAGAAGCGGGCCCCGAGGGCCAGGAGACAGCGGAGAUCACCGACUUCCAGAGGGUGCGUUUCUGCAAGGUGGUGGCGGCCGCGCCGCCCCCGGGGGCCGCCCGCUGA